GGUACGAGUGUAAGCGCUGACCCUUUUCAAAGAUGGCCGCCAUGGCGCGUCACUUGACCUAGCCGCGCACUUUUGAUUGGCUGCUUCACCCGUGACGUCGCGUGUUGUGCGGUCUGGCUGGGAGGGGCCGCGCCUGCGCAGUUGCUCCGUUGAUGUCUGGCCCUAUUGUGCUGUGUAUAAAGAGUGUGUGACCGGUUCUCUGCUGUUACCUGUGUAUUGUGACGCCCGUCCCCUGCAAUGGACCGGAGUUCGAAACGACGACAAGUGAAGCCUUUGGCAACCUCCCUUCUUGAAGCUUUGGAUUAUGAUAGCUCAGAUGACAGUGAUUUUAAAGUUGGAGAUGCCUCAGAUUCUGAAGGCAGCAUCGGUGGUAGCGACGAUGGUUCAAAAGACAGCGGUGAAUGUUCUGGCACCGACUCUGAAGACGACCUAAAAGACGCUGAUAUGUCAGCAGUUCAUCCUGAAGAAGAGGAAGAGAGAAGAGCCUCUGAAGGAGAAGACGCAGCUACAGGAUACACAAGAAAUGAAGACAAAGUUACAGAUGAUCAGUCUGGGAAAGAAGAACCAAAAAAAGAUGACUGUGACAAACUACAAAAGAAGGAGAGACCCUCAGAGGCCGACAUCACUACAGACGACCAGGCCAAUGAACCGAAGAAAUGGAACCUACGAAGAAACCGUCCAAUGUUGGACUUCAUCACCAUGGAAGAGUUAAACGCCAUGGAUGACUAUGACAGCGAAGAUGACAAUGACUGGAGACCCACAGGCGGCAGGAGGAAAGGAAAAUCUUCUACCGGGGAGGGCAGCGAUGGUGAGGAUGAUGAAGAGGACGAUGCAAGCGAAGAGGAAUCAAAUCAACAAGCCGGCAAUAAAGACGACAGCUGCAGCUCAAGUGACGACGAAGGAAAGAAGAAAAAAAUCAAGAUUCCCAGUAGGAACAGCGGUGAUGAUGAGGAGCUGACGAAUGACAGCUUGACAUUGUCUCAAAGCAAAAGUAAUGAGGACUCACUUAUCCUGGAGAAAAGUGACAAGUGGUGCUCACAGAAAAUGGAUCACAUAUUAAUAUGCUGCGUGUGUCUUGGUGACAAUAGUGAAGAUGCAGAUGAGAUCAUCCAGUGCGAUAACUGUGGCAUAACUGUACAUGAAGGCUGUUAUGGUGUGGAUGGAGAGAGCGACUCCAUUAUGAGCUCCGCUUCAGAGAAUUCUACAGAGCCCUGGUUUUGUGAUGCCUGUAAAUGUGGUGUGACGCCCAGCUGUGAGCUCUGCCCAAACCAGGAUGGUAUAUUUAAGGAGACUGAUGCCGGAAGAUGGGUCCAUAUAGUGUGUGCGCUGUAUGUUCCUGGGGUCGCUUUUGGAGACAUUGACAAGUUACGUCCGGUGACUCUAACAGAGAUGAACUAUUCAAAGUAUGGGGCUAAGGAAUGCAGCUUCUGUGAAGAUCCGCGAUUUGCCAGGACAGGAGUGUGUAUCAGCUGCGACGCAGGGAUGUGCAGAGCUUACUUUCAUGUGACUUGUGCCCAGAAGGAAGGCUUGCUCUCCGAAGCCGCCGCUGAAGAGGAUAUCGCGGAUCCUUUCUUUGCUUACUGUAAGCAGCACGCAGACCGCUUCGAUAGAAAAUGGAAGAGGAAGAACUACUUGGCUCUGCAAUCUUACUGCAAAAUGUCCUUGAAGGAGAGAGAGAAGCACCUCACGCCGGAAGCUCAGGCCCGUAUCUCCGCCCGACUGCAGCAGUACAGAGUGAAGUCCGAGCUGGCGCGAAACACCAGACCUCAGGCGUGGGUCCCUAGAGAGAAGCUGCCCCGCCCGCUGACCAGCAGCGCCUCCGCAAUACGGAAACUUAUGCGCAAAGCAGAACUGAUGGGGAUCAGCACCGACAUCUUUCCGGUGGACAAUGCGGACACCACCUCCAGCGUGGACGGCAGAAGGAAGCACAAGCAGCCGGCUCUCACUUCUGACUUUGUCAACUAUUACCUGGAGAGGAACAUGCGGAUGAUGCAGUUGCAAGAGAAUUUGUCAGAGCAAAAGAACAUAAAAGACAAACUGGAGAAUGAGCAGGAGAAGCUGCACAUAGAGUACAACAAGCUCUGUGAAGCUCUGGAUGACUUGCACAACGUCAGUAGCAGCCUGCGGAACGAGGGCCAGGGCCUUUGGGUUAUGAUGUGCAAAAUUACAAGCCAGUUUCUCAUUAUUAUGUUCAUUUUACCAGGUCAGUGUUUCUGUGGAUUUGCGGGUGGAUUUUGGGAGGCCCCAGCUCUUUCAGCUGCAUUAAGUGUCAAACUGCGCCUGCUGCAGUGCUCGGAGUGCGACCAGGCCGGCAGCAGCGACCUAGAAGCCGAUUUCGCUAUGGAAACUUUACCGAACGGAACCAAGAGAUCCAGGAGGCAAAUCAAAGAACCGGUGAAGUUUGUGUCACAGGACGUUCCUCAAGACACCAAGAAGACUCCUUUAAGGAGCACGAAACCUUGUUUUAGAGGAAGGCGGAAAAGCUCUCAGUUAAAUUACGAACUUUCUGAGGAUGUGAAGAAAGAGAAGUUACCCGUAGAUACCAAGCAAGCAGAGAUCCUACCCGAACAAGCACCGAGGAGCGAGAUGUUGUCGAGAACCCGAGGACAGAAGCGGAAGAGAAGCUACUUGUAUGAAGAAGACAAACCAGAGGAGCGAUCGUCAAGGGAGAGGAGGAGGAGACAACCCAUGGUGUUACAUAAAAAGCUAAAAUCUGAAGAUCUAAGAACUGAAUGUGCAUCGUGUAAAGGCACCGGAGACAACGAAAACCUCGUCAGGUGUGACGAGUGUAAACUCUGUUACCACUUUGGCUGCCUGGACCCUCCUCUGAAAAAGUCCCCAAAGCAGACGGGAUACGGAUGGAUUUGCCAGGAGUGUGACUCUUCUUCUUCCAAAGUGCCUACAGUUAUUGGAAAACUACAACUCCCAGCAUGCCUGGACAGCCAAUUCCUUCCCUGUCACCCUUGUGAGUGUAGUUUCCAUAGUCUCACACGCUUCAGUAUUUCCUGGGACUUUUUUUUUUUUUCUCAAGAAAAAAGGAUUCCGGAGUGCCACCAUAGGUGUGACUGCUUACAAUAUACUUACCAUAGUCAGCAAUGGCAGCCACCUUCUCCUAUGAGUCCCAUUGGGUUCAGUGGCGGGUUCAGCCUUGGGGGAAAAUGGCUUCAAAAUCUGGUGCUUACUGGAGAUAAUAGCAUCAUUCUAGAGCAGUGUUUCCCAACCAGUGUGCCCCCAGCGAGGGUCCACAUUGAAUGUUCUGUGAAGGAAGCCUGUCAACCUGCUGCAGUCCAACGUCAGUCUGCAGCCACAAGCGCACUCUUUGUUAACAUUGAGUUCUUUGGUUGGAAUAUAAAUACCAUCAACAUCAGCCUAUACAAAUACGGUCAACAGCCUCCGAUCCUCUUGGUUUCUGAGCAUCAGGAGCGUUUUUGUAAGAAGUUUGUCUUGGCUGUCAUCUUUUUACUAGGCCUUUAUCCUGCCAUAACACAUUUAGCAGAGCACAAGUAUCCAAUAGAGCGAAUUAUUACUGUCACUAUAGAGACCGUUCUUCGUGGCAAAGUCGCCCAAACUGUGCAAAAAGUACUCAAAAUAGAGAUCUCGGGAAAGAUUAAAGUAGGCGCUCAUUAA